CGUGACAGCCGAGCCGAGUGAUGGACGACCUGCGGUCCCGGAACCUCGCCAUGGACAUGAACGACUCCCCGCCCGCCUUGGCCAACAACAGACUGGAGAACGGCAUGGCCCAGCUGAUCACGACCGAGGCCUGGAACAUCAACUCCACCGACCUGGUAAAGAAGGCCCUGGUGACCGUGCCGGCCCCGAGCAUUCUGAACCCCCCCGCUGAGUCCCAGAGUGGCAUGGCCCUGAAGGUGGCGGCCACCGUGCUGCAGCCCCUCUGCCUCGGGGAGAGCCCGGUGGUGAUGCCCAUUCACAUGCAGAUGGAGGGCAGCUCAGCGCCCCAGCUCCACCCCAGUGGCAACGCCGCCUACGUCAUGGCCACGCAGGGCCCCGUGCAGCUGCCGGUGGUGCUGGAGCAGCACGUUUUCCAGCACCUCAACUCCCCUCUGGUCCUGCCGCAGGAGGCCCCGUGCUCCUCCGGGGCCAUGCACAGCAACCUCUUCCAGGGAGCCAAGAGCCCCGAGGCCCAGCCCCAGCUCCUGGACCUGAGGACCCCCAGCCAGCCGCAGGAGCCCACCUUGCCAUUUGAAACUGUGCUCCAGAAUUUGUUCCCCUCCCAGGGCACUCUGGGCCCCCCACCAUGUCAGCCUCCUCCUGGAUACCCCUCCGCGCCCCCCCAACCCUUUAACACCCCCUUGUCACCCCUGGUCCCGCCGGCCACCCUCUUGGUGCCCUACCCCGUCAUCGUCCCCUUGCCUGUGCCAGUCCCCAUUCCCAUCCCCAUCCUGGUGCCUCAGAGUUCUGAAUCCAAGUUCAGCCCCUGUUUCCCCAAGCCGCCAUCUUCCUUCAACCUGCACCCCUGCAAGAGCACCCCUGCCCCCCUGGACAAAGAGGAACUGAAGCCCUUCGACAUCCUCCAGCCAAGGGAGUAUUUCCAGCUCAGCCGCCACACGGUCAUCAAGAUGGGUGGUGAGAACGAGGCCCUGGAUCUCUCCAUGAAGUCCGUGCCCUGGCUCAAGGCCAGUGAGGCCAGUCCCCCUGUCUUCCAGGAAGAUGCAGUCCUGGACCUGUCGCUGGCAACGCACCGGAAAUCGGAGCCUCCCCCUGAGGCGCUGUAUGACAACAGCACGGAAAUGUCCUUUGCCCCUGCCACACCCCAUGAGGCCUCGGCCAGGCCUGAGAGCCACGGUGGUGGCGAGGCCCCCGAGAUGCCCGGCCACCCCGGCAGCGAGGUCAAGGCCGAAAGUAACAUGAAGAUUGUGAGUGACUCCCAGGCAGCCAAGGUGAUUGUCUCCGUGAAAGACGCCAUGCCUACCAUCUUCUGUGGCAAGGUCAAAGGCCUCUCAGGGGUGUCCACCAAAAACUUCUCCUUCAAAAGAGAAGACUCCGUGCUCCAGGGCUACAACAUCAACAGCCAAGGAGAAGAAUCCAUGGAAAAUGCGGCGCCUCUUAGGAAACCCGUCAAAAACCGGAGCAUAAAGUUAAAGAAAGUGAAAUCCCAGGAAAUACACAUGCUUCCCAUCAAAAAACAACGGCUGGCCACCUUUUUUCCAAGGAAGUAAAUAACGGCUUUUUAAAAUUUUUAUGAUUAUAAUAUGGGGAAAGGUGCAUUGGUUUUAUAAAAAGGCAUUUAAAACAAAAUUAUCUUUGUUAAUUAUUUGGGGGAGUAGUUGGGAAGAGGGAAGGUGAAUUGGCUCUAGAGGCCCUGUAAGCUAGUGUCGUUUUCUUUUUUAAUUUUUGACUUUUCACAAAUAAGUAAAUAAGAGCAACCUAUUUUUCAAGCAGAUUGCACAUUUUUUGCAGCUUUAAUGGAAUAUUGGGUGAAUCAGAGGGGUAAAAAAGCUAUUUUCAUUGCCACAAAGUGCUUUGAUGAUGUAAUACCUAAUAAAGGGUAGGAUGAAUAUUUCACAAUAAAUGUUUGUUUGCACUAA